CUGGCCUGUCCUGGAUCAUAACGGAGCUGCUCGCUGCCUCCUUACUUCUUCUCAAGGUGGACUCAACAUGGCCAUGGUGUCUGAGUUUCUGGGCCAGCUGACGCUGUCGUACGGAGGGGAAGUGGAGCCUAAAUUCCCCACCGUGCUCCCGGUACGAGACUUCGACCCUGACAAAGACGCAGCCAGGAUCGAGACGGCCAUCAAGACUAAAGGAGUGGACGAACAGACCAUCAUCGACAUCCUGACCCGCCGCAAUGGGGAGCAGCGGAGAGAGAUCGCCUUCGAGUACGAACGGAUUGCAAAGAAGGAUCUGUCGGUGGCCCUGAAGGGGGCGCUGUCCGGCCCUCUUGAGGCUCUAGUGUUGGGUCUGAUGAAGAGCACCGCUCACUACGACGCCUCCGAGCUCAACGCAUCCAUCAAGGGAUUGGGGACGGACGAAGAAACCCUCAUCGAGAUCGUCUGUUCCAGAAAUAACAAAGAACUGGGGGAGAUCAAGAAGGUCUACAGGGAGAUGUUCAAGAAGGAGCUGGAGAAAGACGUCGCCGUAGACACAUCGGGAGACUUCGCGAAGCUGCUGCUGGCGCUGGUUCAGACCCAGAGGGACGAGGCCUCCAACGUGGUGGACUACGAGAAGAUUGACGAGGACGCCAGAGCUCUGUAUGAAGCCGGGGUGAAGAGGAAGGGCACCGACGUGGCCACCUGGAUCUCCAUCAUGGCCCAGAGGAGCGCCCCCCACCUGCAGAAAGUGUUCCAGCGCUACAAGAGCUACAGCCCCUACGACAUGAAGGAGAGCAUCCAGAAGGAGGUGAAGGGGGAUCUGGAGAAGUCCUUCCUCACUCUGGUGGAGUGCUUUGAGAACCGCCAGCUGUACUUCGCCAACAGACUCAAUGAAGCCAUGAAGGGCAAAGGAGCCAAGGAGAAGGUGGUGACCCGGAUCCUGGUCUCCCGCUGUGAAGUGGACCUCAUGAAGAUCAGAACCGAGUUCAGGAGGCAGCACAAGAGGUCUCUGUACCAGACCCUGUCUGAGCACACGAAGGGAGACUACCAGAACGCUCUGCUCAGCCUGUGUGGAGGGGACGACUGACGCUCUGGGGAACUCAGUUUCCCAGAAGGCCACUGGGUUUGUAAUAAGAUGACCUCAUCAUUUGAUCCUCUUGAUGUUUCCUCUCAAUAAACAAUAAAUAAAAAACGAAAAAAGUGUU